UGAAAUAAUUAUGAUUUUAUAUAAAUAUGCUUACUUGUUAUGUUGUAUAAUUAAGUAUGCAUUUUAACUUCGUCAUUAUGAAUGGUUACCGUGGAAACAAUAUAGUAUACAAAAAUAGCCUUCAAGAGUGAUUGAUACAAAUAUGGAAAGAUUACUGUGUUAUAAAAGAUAUCAAUAAUUAUGCAAGCUUUAAAAUUAGUGGUAAUUGGACCAUUGGAGAGUGGUAAAACUACAGUAUCAAAUUUUCUUGCUGAUGCUUCAGAAAUUCCUUACAAUUACCAUCCAACAUAUGGUGUAAGAAUACUAGAAGCAGAAGCACAAGGCAUUAUUGUAAAUAAUAAAACUAUUUCAAAAGAUAUUGAAAUAUGGGAUUGUAGUGGCGAUUAUAAAUUUAAAACUUGUUGGCCUGCUAUAAGGAAAGAUUUGCAUGGUGUGAUGUUAAUAUAUAAUGCAAAAAAACAAAAUUGUUUAAAAGAAAUGCAAGAGUUCUAUGAUUACUUUGUUACACAGACUAAAUUAGGUCCUGACAUGUGUGUAAUAUUCUGUUAUGAUCCUGACAGAAUUCUAUCUGAAUUACCGAAAUCGAUCUCUUCCACAUUUCCCAAAGUAUCACAUGUCAGAUGUGACAUAGAAGAAAGUGCUAAUAAAUUACAAGCUGACUUUCGUUUAUUUUUAAGCUCACUUAUGACUAAAAUGCAAGACUAUUUGGAUCAAGAAGAAAACACUAUAUUAACUGAUAAUAUUUUAUUUGCUAAAUAAUUUUUUAUCACUUUAGUAGGAUAUAAUAUAUGUACAUAUAGUGUACAAAAAUCUAUAACAAUAUUAUAUUUUACUUCCAGC